AUGCAAGUUGAGGCAGGUACUGCUACCACCCCGGCUCAAGAGUUCCGCAUGUUCCUGUUCCCGCUCUCCUCUCUAGCAAAGAGUCAGGGUCGUGAUCGACGUCGUGGCGGUGGUGGUGGUGGGCGUUUGUUGUGCGGCUAUUCACCUUUGCAGUGCAGCAGUUCAGAGUCUACUCAGUACUACCACAACACAGCAAAGUCGCAUCAACCCUGUUCUGUUUGCUUGCCCAUGCCAUUGCCAGGAGUCAAGCCCAAGGACAAGCAUACGUACCCAUACCCGGGACCAGCACUUGCGUACUUUGCUGAUGGAACGGGGCCCGAUGGUACCUUGUCAACGGAGACCAUCGACGGAGGCAAGGACGAGGGAGGCACGGAGGGUAAUAAGCACAUAAUGUACUCCGUACCUUACGGAUACCAUGAGUCCCAGGAGCAUGAGCACACUUUGGCUUGUUCUUCUUCUUCUGCUGCAGAACAACCUGUCUGCUUCGUCUACUUCGACUUCUCUUUCUCGCUCUCUUCCUCCUCUUCUCCUAUUUGCUUCCAAUCUUCCUUCCCCGUUCCCCUCUGUGUGUCACUGUCACGUCUCGUCUCGUCUGGCCUCAGCUUCUUGUCUGCUCCUCACAUCAUCGUCGUCAUCGUUCCUUUCUCCAAUUCCUGCGCUAGCCCGAGGAUUAACAUUAGCAACCCGCAGCUCACCGGGCAACAAAACCGACAAAAGCUUCCUCUGCCCACUCCCGCCCGUCUUAUUCCUCAAACCUGGACCUCCAAAAGGUGUACAGCCAGAGACAGGCACGCCGCAGAGCACUGCACCACCACACCACACCACACCGCACCGCACUUCAUACCUACGGGCAGGCAUUGCAUUUCGAUUCUUCUACCCACGCCAUCCGCCCUCGCCGUCGCUCCCGUCGCCUUGUUGUCUCGCCUCGACUCGACUCGACUCGACUUCCAAUCUCUCUUUCCCCCCAUCCUCCCCGCCUUGCGCCUUGCGCUUCACCUGCGUCACGCUGAGAUUACGAUCCAAAUCGACCCUUUUUCUUCCAUCCCGGCCCGACCGUUCCAAUCCUACCUGGACCUCGACGCGAAUUCCUCCAAGAACCCUCAUCCCCGGAACUAG